AUGCCAUUUGCGCAGCUGGUCAUCGGGCCACCGGGCUCUGGCAAGACCACCUACUGUUACGGCCAGUACCAGUUCCUCUCUCUCCUCUCGAGGCCCUGCAGCGUCGUCAACCUCGAUCCCGCCAACGACCGUCUCCCAUAUCCGUGUGCUGUCGACAUCAAUCAGCUCAUAUCUGUCCGUGAUGUCAUGGCCGAACUCUCGCUCGGUCCGAACGCAGCCAACCUGUACUGCAUCGAGUAUCUCGAAAAGAACAUCGACUGGCUCAUCCAGGAGCUAAAGAGGGUUAUGGAGGAGCAACGUCAGGGUAAGACGGGCCAGAUGGCCGGUCAAGGAGACAGCGAAGUACCGAUGGGUCCAGUCAGUGCUGGGUUCGAGUACUUGAUCUUUGACCUUCCAGGUCAGGUCGAGCUGAGCACCAACCAUCCGGCACUCAAGCGCAUCCUUGAGGCUCUCGACAAGCAGCUCGGGCUUCGCUUCGUCGCAGUGCAUCUUACCGACGCAACGCACAUUACAGAUGCAUCUCGCUACGUCUCGCUGCUCCUGCUUUCCCUGCGAGCUAUGCUCACCCUCGAGCUCCCCCACGUCAACGUGCUUUCCAAGGUGGAUCUGCUCGGUCAAUCCUACAUUUCACGGUCGAAGCGUUCUCUCGACACAAACGAUCUUGACGGCGAUGACGACAGCAAUCACGGCUCUGACCACGAUAUGGCAGAUGCAGAAAACGGCUCGGGCAGCGGCGCAGCAGAUGCCAUGGGUCUGCAGUCUGAUUUAGCUUUCAACCUCGACUUUUACACUCAAGUUCAGGAUUUGUCGUAUCUGCGCGAUCUUCUCUCACAGCCAUCUGGACCGGGCUCAUCACGGCGCAACGAAAAGUAUGGAAAGCUCAACGAAGCCAUCUGUGAGAUUGUCGAGGACUUUGGUCUGGUCUCGUUUGAGACGCUUGCCGUGGAGGACCGAAGAUCCAUGUUUCGUCUGCUCCAAGUCCUCGACAAGGCCGUUGGCUAUAUCUACGUCUCGUCCUCCCACAGCGCGCUCAACUUGAAUCAAGAAGACGGAGAAGGUGCCUACGAGCCAGGACGGGCCUCGGCCACAGCAUCCGCGGCCCUUCGGUCGCAGACGGGCGCGGAUCCACACGCGCUCUUCAGCGUCGCUGACCGUGGCGAUCCGCUCGGUUGGGGAGACGCACUCGAAGUGCAGGAGAGGUACGUCGAUUACCGUCACCUUUAUGAGGAGGCAGAGAUGGAGGAGCGCAAGCAAAGGCAUGAGAAGGAAUGGGAGGACAAGGUUUGGUCAGAGGUUCGUAAGGUGGCCAAGGAGGAGCAGGCGAAGAAGGCUCAGCAGGCGUCGUCAUAA